AUGCCUCCGCGACGCCUUGCUGAUGGCGAUGGAGCGCGAGACGAGAUCAGAGAACAGGCGCAGCUCAGGCAACUCCAAGAUGCCAUCACUAGGCUCACUCUCGAAAAGGAGAGCGCUGAGAGAGAGGCCACCAAGGCCAGACAGCAGAUUGCAGACUUGAAACAUCUGCUCAACUCUGACAUGGAGGAAAUUGCCAAGGACACGGAGUCCCUUGGCAAAGAAAUGAAAAUGCUCAAAGAAGAGAACAAUCUUUUGAGAGAAGAGCUCAACGAUGCGCAGUCGCACAUCUUCAGUCUGCAGCCGUAUCGUAAGGACCUCACCCCAGAGGAAGUCGGACGGCAAUAUGAUGACCUGGUUGAGUCGGUUCAAGACUGGGUUCAGAAAUUCAUGGGCUUUUGGUUGGACGACUAUGAGGCUGGCGUUGAGGCUCUCGCCGCCCACGCACGGAAGAAUUCUGGAGAAGUUGCUAGAUUUAAGAAGGUUGUGCACAAGUACCCAGAUUUAAUCCACGGCUGCAUGUUCCCGGAGACCGAUGAAGACAUAAUCGUCGCUAUCAUUAUGCGAUUUCUCAACGACCACAUCUUCCAAAAGGUUCUCUACGGCUCUGCGGCGACUUAUACCGAGAUGGUGAGCUUUAUCGAGACACAGAUGCAGACCGCUGUUGAGCCUAAGAGAGACUUGUUUGCCGUUCGUACAUGGACUGCCGAGAGUUAUAAUGCUCUGAUGAGCGCUCCACAGUUCCGGAGUGUUCGCGCUCGACGCAGCAGAGACCUGACUAUAACCCUGGCAGAUGUGCUUCGCAUCUUUUGCAAAAAGGACAAGUACCAAUGGUUUUGCCAAAACACGGAGGAGCGUUGCAUCAGGCCGGCCAUGGCGCUCUACGAAAAGCUUCAGAUAUCCACACACCACUUCUAUCUCGAUAUCCAGCCCUACAUUGCGUGGAGCGGCAGCCAAAUUGCGCCAUCGCAAGAAUUUUACGAGUGCGUCGAGAAUCUUGAUUGCAAAAACAUCUUACAUAACAGAAAGGCCUUCAACAUGAACAAGCUGGACCCUCGACCUACUAAGACCGAUCUUUACGACAAUUUACUCAACGUGUGUACCGUGGUUCCUGCCCUGUAUAUCCGUCAAAUCGGCCAGCGCGAUGCUAUCAAGGCACCGUCGGUUGUUCGCAAGCAGCAGGUGUUAGUAGCCUGGGGCCCUGGUGAAAAGAGGGAGAAAUUCACCGAGGGGGCCGACGAGUCGCUGGUCCAUAUACUCUGCCUCUCAAAGGCACGGAAGAAAGGCGAGAGCUGGCUAAGCUGA